AAUGAAACGAAACGCGCGAUUUGGAAAGCAUUUAAAAUAUAUUUAAAUAAAAAUUAAUUAUUAAUAAGGAAAAAAAAAAUACUCGCACAUUAAAAAAAAAAUAAGAAUCCAAUAAAAAAAUAAGAAAAUUUAUUACCAAAACAAAAUAGAAAUUUUCAAAAGAGCUCCCCACAAAGUCAAAUUUGAAUACAUGUUGUAAUAAAAGAAACCAAGUAAAAUUUUUAAUACCACAAAAAAAUCAAAUAAAUAAAUAACACACACAAAAAUAUUGAAAGUCCCAUGACAGGCGAUUAAAAAAGAAAUAGUGAACAGAAAAUUCCAAAGAAAUCAAAACAAUGUUCAAAAACUCUUUUAAACUAUGACUGUGAAAAUAAUAUUUAAGUAAAGAAAAUAAUAAUAACCAAUCCAAUCAAAUUCAAUUAAUUGUAAAUCUCACGUAAUAAUACUGCUGCUGCAGAGGAAAUACCGCAAGGUAUUUAACCGCUACAUAAAUAUUACGGAUCCCUCCUUCACGCACAACGCAACGUAACAUCAAGUGAUUAUUUUGUACACAUCAUUUAUUAAUUAUGGAGGCGGCGACUAAAUCAUCAAACGGUAUAAAAAAUGGUACAAUUAAUGACCGACCAUUGUUUAUGCAAAAUGGAAAUCGCCGCUUUUCGAUCAGUGCCGGUGAUCCACAGGAAAUUAGUAAUUUUCGUCAAGCAUUGCCGCAGUUUUUAGCCGUUAGUGUUAAAAAUAUUUUACUUUUUGUGUAUGGAAUGACCUUGGGAUUUCCAACCAUUGUUAUACCUGCCAUCCAAGGUGGUGAUGGCCGAGAACCCAGCGAUAUUGUUUUGAAUAAGGAACAAAUUUCAUGGUUUAGUUCCAUUAACCUAAUAUGUGUACCCAUGGGUUGUCUAUUUUCGGGAAUGUUGACCCAACCUAUUGGAAAGAGAAGAGCUAUGCAGAUUGUCAAUUUACCCAUAUUGGCAUCUUGGCUUCUUUUUCAUUUCUCUACCAGAACGGAGCAUCUUUAUGCCGCUUUGUGUUUGAGUGGUUUGGGUGGUGGCCUUAUGGAAGCGCCGGUCCUAACCUAUGUGGCUGAAAUAACCGAACCCAAGUAUCGUGGCAUACUCUCGGCUUUGGGUUCGACCUGUGUGAUAACCGGUGUCUUUAUACAAUUUAUUAUGGGUUCUCUCAUGGAUUGGCGUACCAUUGCCGCCGUCAGUUCAGCCUUUCCGGUCAUCUCAAUUAUUUCUCUUUGUUUCAUACCAGAAUCUCCAACAUGGCUUAUACGAGAGCAUCGCUUUAGAGAAGCCAUUAAAUCAUUGCAAUGGCUGCGCGGCUGGGUACCUGAAUAUAAAAUAGAAGAGGAAUUCAAUCGAUUAUACAAUGAACUGAUAACCCAACCAGCCAUGGAGGAUCAAGCUGAAUUGGAUCAAAUGCAGGGCAAAAAGCCUGGGUAUUUUCAUCGUUUUUUGGUUUUCCGAAAACGCUCAUUUUUGGCACCAUUCCUCUUGGUGGCAUUUACAUUUUUCGUGGGACAUUUCUCCGGCAAGACAUCUCUACAAACGUAUGCUGUGCAGAUUUUCCAUACCCUUAAGGCACCCAUUAAUAAAUAUCAUGCUACCAUCUUACUGGGCAUGGCCGAAAUGGUGGCAACAGUUCUGUGUGUCUUUCUGAUACAUUUUACCGGCAAAAGACCUUUGGUUUUAAUUUCCACAAUUGGUGUGGGUAUUUGUUUGUUUGGAACCGCCACAUAUGCCCAUUAUUUGAGGGUAGUUCCCGGUUUUGCGGUUAACAAUGUGGUUGUGAAUGCCUCGUCCAUUGUACCUAAAGAUAGUAUUAUUACGCGUGAUAACAUCACUCAGAUAUUUGAAUCGGAAGAAAAGGCCCUGCUUUUAAAAACCCCUGGGACCCAACAUACAUUAGAAGAAUUAACCACCAUAUUGCCAGAAAUGGCCUACAAUAGAACUGCCCGGGAUGUGGCAACUCUGGAACCUUAUAACAUCACAUUUGCCGAUGAAGAUGACUUGGAUUUAGAGGAUUUGGGAAAAUCAAAUUUCACAGAGUCCAUUACAGAGGAAAUUUUAGAUUUGGAAGAUUCAGAGGAGGUUACUAAGGAAACCACAACACUCUUUGAUGAUCUCACUACAAUUUCAACAUCCACACAAUCCACCACCACCUCUACUACAACUGAAAGUCCCCUACCCAUUAGUCCUGCCAGUGAGGAGCCAAAGAAAAGUCUUCCCGAAAAAGUAAAGGAAGAACUGUUGUUGACGGUGCCCAAACAAGAAAUGAAUAAUUUGGUAUGGAUACCCUUGAUUUUGUUGCUGGGUGCAGCUUUCUUUGCCCAUUUGGGUAUCCGUAUGAUACCAUGGAUAUUAAUUGGUGAAGUUUUCCCAGCCACCGUGCGCAGCACAGCCUCAGGAUUGGUUAGUGGAUUGGGUUAUAUUUUCGGUUUUCUGGCAAAUAAAUUAUUUUUGCAAAUGUUAUCGCUGCUCACCAUGCCGGGAACAUUUUGGUUUUAUUCUGCCGUAGCCUUUGUCGGAUGUGUCACAUUAUAUUUUACUCUACCCGAAACUGAGGGCAGGACUUUGGGGGAAAUCGAAGCCCAUUUCUCCAAAAAAUCCCCCACAAAUCUUCUUUGCAAAAAGCAACAAAAAUUGGAAAAACAACAGAAAAAACAAAACGAAAGUGAAGGUGGUUGUUUCUCCUUUCCCCUGCAAGUGGAACAUUUGGAUAAUCUGCAAAUACCCAUUGGACCAUAUACAGAGGCAAAAAUCAUACAACUGCAACAAAGUGAUUUUCUACCAAAUCGUCGUAGUAAUGGCACCAAUAAUGGUGGCACUACAAGUGAGGGCGUAGCAAAUAUGGCCUAUGAAGAGGAGAGCAAUACCACGCAUUUGUAGUCGUAGAUGGGAGUCCAUCAGUGUUAAUUCUUCGCCCGCGCCUUCACAGAGUGUAUACGAUGUUGAUGAUGAAAAAAAUAAGGAGUAUUUAAGUAUUAUUUAAAUUAAUAGAAUGAACAAACUACAAACAGGCAGUCAUUUAUAAACCAUUUACAACUGAGAGAAAAAACUAAUAAACGAGUGCCACAAAUGGUUGAU